AUGAGUUGCGGCACAUGGGAAGCCGGACCAAGCUCAUGGGGGGGUAGAAUCCCGGAGAUCCUCCCGACUGCUCUGAAAGUCGACCCCAAAGCCAGCCCCAUUGACCAGGUGAAGCAGGCUUACGACGACAUUUACUCAAGAAUCCAGCAAACCUCGCAGUUUACUAGGAACAAAGCUAUCGCAUUUAUCGAACUCCACAAAUCUCAGAGGAACGCAACCCUCGAGCAACAGCUGGGCUCCAGUAACGCCCAAAAGAUAGCGGCGACAGCCGCUAUACACGGGCUAGUGGUUUCCGCUAAUUCCAUGAUCGACACGCUCAAUGCAAUGUACCUCAUGGAUGUUUCUCCGGAGGACUUCGCAGCGGUGUCGAGAUUCCUGCAGUAUGCGGACGCUCACAGCCUGCAAGACGCAGCCGAGGCCGCCGCAAAUCUUCCCGGGCUCUCGGACGCAAACGAAGAUCCUGACGACGCGGGCGACCUUUCUCUGUUGAUACGCAAAGAUACAGGCUGCUCUUCUCGCUCUGCUGUCAAGUGCCUGCUUGAUCAAGACGCCGAUUCGGGCUUGUUCCAUGACGUCGAUACAACGCCCAACCCAUGCGCGCCCACAGAUCUGGAAAAGGCGACCUUCCAGGAGAAACUCAUUAGCUUGGCCAAUACUACUCCCCAAACUACGAAAGGGAUACUGCAGGAUUCACAAGGGCCACCCAACAUGCGAAUAGCCUUCGCUCGCAUCUUUGACGAGGCAGCGAAGGCUCGGAUUGAGAAUCCCACCAAAAUGACUGAUUCCGACUGGCAAAUGAUCUACGACCAGCCGGCGGUAGUGCUGCUGGAACAGAACCUCCGCGACGGCUUUCCAUUUAUUUUCACCACCCAGCUGGUGCUCGGGGCCCGUUUCAACAAACACGAAAUAGGCCAAGACGCCGUAUGGGUUAAGCCACCGAUCGAGAACGUGAUCACAAGAGGCAGACAUACGAUGCUAGCUGUCGGCUUUGACCCAGGCCGGAGACUGUUUCUUGUGCAGAAUUCGUGGGGUCCCAAGUGGCCGCUAAGCUACAGCGGAUCGGACGAGAGGCUGCGUGGACGGUUUUGGAUGCCGUAUGAGUGGUUCGAGGCAGCGGUCGAUGGGAAGCCACUCACAUACGAUUUUUGGGUGCCUUGUACUAUCCCUUCCUAAUGUCCUCCUAUUAACGCUCAAUAGUGGACUAACUAGAUUGACUUGAUGAAAGACAAGGACGGGGUUAUGUUCCUAGAACUGCUUCUUUGUUCAUCUCAAGGUGGCCCCCACGAUGCCGCGAACGGGUCAUGCCGUAGGGGGAUCUGCAUCGUGACGGCAGAUAUGGCCGCAAUGCUUUGGUGGGUGUGAGAGGAAUCGUACUAGCGUUAAUGAUGUACUAGCCUGGAAGGUGCUCUUCUGAUGAAAGUGGUUGGUUCAUACGGGCACUAGUUUGCAUACACUUCGUUGUCGUUUUGGUUUCUUCC